CAACUCGUCAGUAAACGCACUUGAUUUCGGUUGUGUUUGCUACAAUCCAUAACGGAAAGGAACAAUAGACGUCAGUCCAAGGAAUAAUUGCACUGCAAACCUGGCGUUUUUCAGGUUUGUAUCAGCUGGAGGGAAUCAUGGAAGGACAGAAAGAUAAGAUGGAGGUCGAGGACGGCCCCGCCACAGACCAAAAGGUGGAAUUGAAGUUUGAACAAGGUCGCAAAAUCUCCAAAAAAUGGAAAAUCAUCAUGGCAGUAGCGAUUAUAGUUGUGAUCUUGAUAAUUCUCGCUAUUGUGCUUGCCUUAGUGCUGAAAAAAAAAGAGGCAGAACAAGAAAGACAAGGAAAAAAUGUACCGGGAUCUACUGAAUCGUUCGUUCCACCGCUGCCCACGGGAGCUCCCCCAGGGGCCGAUGGACCUUACACUCAUGGGGUAGUAGCAGCGGACGCAGCCCCUUGUUCAGUGGUAGGCAGAGAUAUCCUAAAGAGGAACGGAUCAGCGGUGGACUCCGCCAUUGCUGCUUUAUUUUGUAUAGGCAUCAUCAAUAUGCACUCGACCGGCAUCGGUGGCGGUGGCUUCAUGACCGUGUAUAAUAGAAGUCUGGGAAUGGCCAAAGUGUACGAUUUUAGAGAAGUUGCUCCUGGGAAAGCAAGCCCCCGCAUGUAUCUCAACAGUAACCUCAGCUCCAAAAUAGGAGCCUCCGCCUCAGGUGUACCGGGUGAGGUGAGUGGAUAUCUUACAGCAUGGAAGGCGCACGGAAGACUACCCUGGAGGGAUCUAGUCCAACCGGCUAUUGAUAUGGCCAAGAAUGGUUUCCGAUUUGGUCAUGCUGCUCAUACUGCGGCAAGCCAUAAUUCCACGUUGGCAGCGAUCAGGAACGAUACUGGAUUGAGGGAAUUACUGUUAGACGAUAAAGGAAACUUGAAGAAAUUAGGAGCCGUAUUAAAAAUGCCCAAGCUCGCUAAAACUUUGGAACGAAUUCGUGAUGAUCCAAAGAGUUUCUACACUGGCGAUUUGGCACAGGACAUUGUUCAAGACAUUCGAGACGGUGGAGGCAUCAUCACGUUGGAGGAUUUGAAAAACUACCAAACGGUCAUUCGUACGCCACUGACUGUAAAGAUGGGCGAUUACACUUUGUAUACGAACCCACCCCCGGGUAGUGGUGCCGUUUUGUCAUUAAUCAUGAACAUUGUGAAAGGCUACAAUAUGACUGCUGAAGACCGUAAAGACGUAAACAGCACCGUGCUAACUUAUCAUAGAAUAGCUGAAGCUUUCAAGUUUGCGUACGCUUACAGGGCCCUGUUGGGAGACGAAGAGUUUUGGGACGUAGAAGAGACUGUUCGAAAUAUGACCAACUCAGCGUUCGGAGAAAGUCUGCGACAACUGAUUUACGACAAUCAAACAUUCGACUACAAAUACUACGGGGAUUUCUAUUCUAGCGUCAAUCCCGCAGGGACUACGCAUCUGUCUUUGAUAUCUCCUGACGGGGAUGCAGUCUCCGCUACUACCACAGUAAAUCUGUACUUUGGGUCAAAGUAUCGCUCUAUGCGCACUGGUAUCAUUUAUAACAACGAAAUGGACGACUUUUCGACUCCAGGUGAAAAGAAUUAUUUCGGCGUGGAGCCAUCACCAAGCAACUUCAUCGAACCUGGAAAACGCCCGAUGUCUUCAAUGACUCCCACCAUAAUUGUGGACCAUAAUAAUGUUACUCGACUAGUUGUCGGGGCCUCAGGCGGCACAAAAAUUACUACUGCCAUUUCUUUGGUGGCGAUGAACUACUUCUGGUUCAAUCAGACGUUAACAAAAGCUGUAGAAGAACCCAGGUUUCAUCAUCAGUUACUGCCAAACUUCCUUCGCAUCGAAAGAAUCCGCCCCAUUUCUCUCGCCGUUCAAGAGGGAUUGAAGAGGCUUGGGCACAACUUAACAGAAUUCUCCUCCGCAGUAGUACAAGCGGCGGCCGUAAGCCCUGAUGGGAAACGUUACGGAAAGGCGGAUCCCAGAAAAGGCUCCUGGGCAGCCGGAUUUUGAAGAUGAUUAAAAGAAAAGCUAAUACUAUAGUUCGAAACAUAUAUAGACCUACUUGUUAUCAUUUGCGAUGUAGCUCUUCGGCGAAGCUUUUUUUUUCGCAGAGGCUGGAGAGGGGCACAUUACUCAGUCGAGACAUUUUUUUUGUUACUUUUUUUACGUUUCCUUUCGUAAAUUAAUAAAUGAGCAGUAAUGUCCUUUAACAAGAAAAGAUGCUUUCUCUUUCCCAGUAAGCUUUUCUUAAAGAUUUUUAUAGUUAUGCUCGGUCUUCAGUAUAGAUAUUUGUAACUUAAAAAAAAAAUAAUAAUAUGCAUCGUCUUAUUAAUGAAUUCAGUUUCCCAGUGGAUGCUUUACGAAGUAAUAAAGCCGACAUGUAACUAGUUAUGUCUUAAUACCAA